GAUUUCACACGUAAAUACUGCGCCUUCUAUUUGGAUGCCUAACUUAUGCUUCUUGUAGACUCAAUGAAUACAAUAUAAACAGUGAUGGUUCUAACUUCCCACAUGAUAAACUGGGAUCCAAACAGAAGCGUGGAGGCUGAGCCGCUGGUACUUUCUUUCAGGGACUGUGAUCACCACCCACAUGCAAAUUUGCUAUACAGCACCUUCCUUUUUCGGACACCGUUCUAUCAUUUCAAGGGUAUAAGCUUACUACAUACAAUAAAACAUCAAAUACUUCCUAUAUCAACGACAAUUACAUAGUGAGCCUGAGUUGGCGACCCAAAUCGCGACCCUCAGAGCCGCACGAGAGUCAUGUGUGGUGGCUGACAACUUUGCCUUUCUUAGCCAUUUUGUCAUGGUUAGAUUAAUUACAUAGUUUGCCCAAGGAAAAUUUGUGCCACUUAUAAGAGCGAAAUGGUGCUUCAUUCAGUAGCACAUGCGUUCAUAAACAAUCGCCACGACUUCGCAUAUCCCAAUGCGACUUUUUCAAUAUCUUAGCAGCAAGAUGGGGUUUUUCCACCGCUCGGCAAAAGUUGAAUCAAGCAGAAAAGAAAAAGGGACUUCCACAAAUAAUCGAAAUCAGUCUUCUAGUAAAAAAAGCAAUGAAAUCACUAAUCGCGACAAUAAUAAUCUCCGAACAUCCACAAAUAGACGACCAAUCCCGAUACAAACCCGUCAAGCGAGUGGGGAUUCUCUAAACGCACAAUGGCUCUCAGUCAAUCUCGACCCACUAGAUGAAGUAGCAACAUCGCCAGGCUCCGAUGCUUCCGAUUCUUUUGUUAUGUUGUCAAGAGAAAGUUCGAGACGGACUUCAACAUCUUCCUUUCACAAUCCAGACGCAGUUAAAUCCGAACUUCAGCUUGGCGGCAAAAAAGAGCCGAUCGGACACCAACCUGUUUCGCUUCAAGACCUAUCACACGGCAGUCGAAAGAAAGCUUGCAAGCAUUCGGGGCGAGACUUCGUUCCCAGAUGCUGUCAAGAAUUUAUUCCCACUGACAAGCUAGUCAGACAUCAACCUGUCUCGCUACGUGAUCAAUUACGUGACAGUAGAGAGGCUGCUUGCAGGCAGUCGGGACGAUUUUUCAUUCCUAGAUGUUGUCAAGAAUCUAUACUCACUGUCAAAGCGAUUGAAGACGAUAUUCGCGAACAUGGUACCGCUACACAAACUUACAGAGCAAGGCAUUAUGCAGAGUGGACUCGUGACAAUGGGAUAAAGUUAUAUGCAACCUUAGCGAUGGUUAGACAGGGUGCAGAUGUGUGCCACCUUGAACAACAGGAAAUUUCAGACAAAAGUCUCCCUUUGAAUUAUAAUAGAGGUGCUCUUUCUCUCGAAACAGGGGUACCAAUCAAGGGUAUUGAUCAUUGGGGCGAUGAAAAAAUGGAAAAUUUCUUCAACACACAGUGGUUGAUGGGAGCGCCUGUGUUUGAAGACAAAACACAUCUUGAACUAACCGACAUGGAGGUUUUACCAUUCAUAAAGUUUGAUGGCCAGAAUACAGAUGCAAUGAAGGCCAAGCAAGGAGCAUACAGCGAGGUAUUUCCCGUACAAGUUCAUCCUUCUCAUCACCAAUUCUGGGAUAAAGAUUAUGUAAAGACAAAAGAACCAUUAGUGGCCGUGAAAAGGCUUUUUUCUUCCGACGAAACAGAAUUUGAGAAGGAGCGUAAUGUUCUAAGAACUCUCGGCAGAAAGAAGGCACACCCGCACUUGAUUCGUUUACUGGCCACUUAUCGACAAGAUGGGAAAUUUCAUCUCAUAUUUCCAUAUGCGGAAAGCAACUUAAGAUCUUAUUGGGAGCACCGUCCACUCCCAAAUUUUGAUCAUGAAACAGUUAUGUGGUCUUUAUCACAAAUGUCUGGUAUUGCCAACGCAUUGUUUCAGCUGCAUGAGUUCAAAGUUACAAUUCCUCUGAAUGUUGCUGGUGCUGGUGCUGGAAACGUUCGAGUGCAAAGGGAAGAUGACGGUCAAAUGAGCGUACAUGCAGGCGAAGAGAUGUUCGGGCGUCAUGGUGAUAUCAAGCCGGAAAACAUAUUGUAUUUUUCAGAGGGCCCUGAAGCAAAGAAUCCACGAGGUGUUCUGAAGCUAGCCGACUUCGGCCUCGGAAGAUUUCAUGGCAGAGAUUCAAAAUCUGGAAUAAGGCCUUCUGGAAUACGCUCAUCGCCAACCUAUGAGCCCCCCGAAUGUAAGCUUCGGCGUCCGGUGUCUCGAGCUUAUGACAUUUGGAGCUGUGGAUGUGUGUGGCUCGAAUUCAUUACAUGGCUUCUGAAAGGUAGUGCUGGUAUAGACGACUUUGCAGAUUGGAGAAGUAAUAAUGCAGGACCCAAUGAAAUUGACGAUGACAACUUCUUCACCAUCCCACGAGAAUCAAAUAGUUCCUCAGAGGCUACCAUCCGAGCUGGAGUCAUACGAUGGGUUGAGCAAUUGCUUCAGCAUGAGAGAUGUUCUCGGCUAAUUUGUGACCUGUUGAAAUUGAUUAUGAAGGACCUUCUACUCAUUGACGCAGAUGCGCGGGUUAAAGCUAGCGAGUUCCACCAAGAAAUGAAGCACUACCAUCAAAAGGCAAGAGAAAAUUCAAACUACAUGUUGAAGUCAGCACCUUUAUCACCAGAAGAUUCGAAUACGAUGCUUCUCAAAAUAUUGAGACAUGAGCAAUCCGGAUCUCAAAUAAUCCCUAUCGACCCAGUGAGGGUGGACUUCAGUGUAUCCCGCAACAGAGACUUGAGCUUGAAACCCAAGAAAAAUGUAACUUGGCCGUCAGAUCUCGCCAAUGGGUGACGUGGAAAUAUUUUUUUUUGUAUUGAUACAAAAUUCUUCGUCGAGCACAGGGCACAGUCGGCAUCAGCCGUUUGCACUUCAAUCCAGAAACGACAAAUUCUUGAAUCUUAAGCACUAGAAGCUUAACAACCAUUUUGUCAGUCUAAAAACACACACGUUGGAUCAGGAAUAGAGUAGGGCUACUGUAGAGUUUUAAUUGAAACCACUCCGAAUCGUUUCGAAACAAAGGAAAUGAUCUUAGUAUAUGUGUUCUUAUCCUCCAUUAUUGGUUGAUGCUACGGCGUCAGGAAUAUUAGGAAACUGGAGAAAAGGAGCUUUCAUGGGAUUUGGCUGUUUUUUGGAGUUUCUUUUGAAUUGAUUUUGUUGAGAAAUGAAAUUGAAAUAUUUAGCGAAACCUCCCUUGUAUGCAGUGACACCAGCCUAGAUAGCCCCACGAACGUGUGUCACAAGUCCAGAAAGAUAUUUCUUACAUGACAAGCCCACGAUGAGUUGACAUCCACUUUGCUGCAGCUCAUUUUGAGAGAUAUAUGAACUCCAUGGUAGACUCCGCUUAAUUGUUGUCAUUCGUGGAUAUCAGACCACCCUAAAACAUUUCCAUACAAACACGUGUCUCCGUUUGUGUGCCGAAUACCGAAAGGUUAUGAGGCAGCACAAAAUUAUGACAGGAAAAGAAAAACGUCAAGCUUCCCAGCUGAACGAACAAGAACGAAAAUGAAUGCACUUUGCAUUUCGCAAAUCCGUCAUGGCUCAGAGUAUGCCGCGCAAUCUUACUUUAUUUCCUCUCCUUUUUCGAGCCUCGAGUAUCAUCGCUAGAUCUUCCUUCCACUGAUCCAUUUCGAUUGCCGCUAAUCCCCUCAUCAUAACCUUUCGUAAUUGAAUAUUGAGCAGUGUGAAAUAUUCUGAAUAUAAAAUCAUUUAAUUCACGAGUUUAUCUUCGUCAGUAGAUAGAUCUUCUAACUCGGUAGUUUGAAGGACGUUUCUCAUGCGAGGAUGAAGCUCGAGACGUGUCUUGUUGAUGUGAUAUUGUUCGAUAUUGCAGAUCAAAUCAACAUGGCCUUUUGUAAAGAUGAGAUCGGCACGCUGCUCCGGCGUAAAAUAUUCUCCAAGCAAAAUAUUCCACCACAUCUGGAGCUGGGAAUACACUUGACCACGUGGUAAUGAUUGACCACAAUGUGAAGAUUGACCAGUUUUAGGAAAGGGGAGAGAACUGACGCCACAAACCCCCACGCGUUCAAGACUACAGUGGUAAUGCACAAGUUCCGAGCUCGAGAAAGCUGAGCCUUAUCUAUGCUUUUGAGACCGUCUUGAAGUUGGACCUGAUCGUCAUUUGGACUCUCAAUGGGGGCCCAAAAGUUUCGUGUCGAGGUAGAGUAUAUCCACAGAACGAUCAAAAUAGGUUCCAGCGAAUCCGUAGCAGCCAUCGUUGGGAAUUGAAAACAUUAUCUCCUAAUUCUUGAGCACAACCAGGCGAUAUUCAAUGCAAGUCGAUAGUAUUGCUGGUAGCCGAUGUCGAGAAUUUAGUGUUGAGUGCCAAGAUCGUUAAUUUGUGUUUUAAUUUAAAAAUUAUGCGAGGCCUA